AUGUGAACACUAGAAUGUGAGGAGUACUUAGAGCUACAAAAUCCUCACAUUCACGUCCUGGUUUUGGUUAGCUAAACUGGUUUUAGAAGGGCUAGCUAUAAACUGGAAUUUUUGGUCCGGAAUACGACUCUGAAUCCGAUUGGAUGUAUCCAAAUCAAAUUCAAUACAUGGGCCGAACUUGGGGCCGGCCUAUUGCCGUGCCCUCGUUCAUCUGAUCUGAGAGAGAGUUUUUUUUGGUUACUAGGCAUUAAUGCAUUAUCGCCCCCAUCGCCUCCUUCCCCACCUCCGGCGGUCAGAUCUAGUGAACUCCGAUCCGACCGACGAUCCAAGGCUCAAGGCUGGCGGCCUGGGCCCGUUGCCCUCGACCUGGAGGCCGGCGACCAGCUGCUGAGAAGCUUUGAAGCUCCAGGGUCGACCCCUCCUUGCAAGGACUGCCUUCUUGUUCUUGGUAUCAUCAGAUUUGUCCAAUUAUCUUGUUCAGUAGUUGAUUGAAUUGGGAGUAAGAACCACCUGAGGAAGAUUUACCACCACCACCAGAACAACCUUUAUCUCUGCUUCUUGAACUGAACAGCGACAAUAGUUAGGACUAUAGUUAGUUCUAUUUUGGAGUAGCCCUUAUAUUUUGUAAUCAUACAUGUAUUUUGUAACCAAUAGUUAUGUAUUUUGUAACCAAUGUAUUUUGUCUCAAGUCUACAACUUAUACCGCUGUUUAAAUUUUGCUUGGUCUUUCCCACCCCCAGAUUUUUUUUCAAGCUCCGCCAGUGCCGCUGCCAGCCAUGGCGGCGAGAGGUCCCCGUCUCAACAAGAAGUUUGUGGCGCCUGACACCAAAUCACCUCUCUCCGCCCAAGGCAAGCAACCGCCGCCCCGAGACAACCAAGAAGGCGCCGACCGCAUCAGCAACCUCCCCGACGCCAUCCUCGGCGAGAUCAUCGCCCUUCUCCCUGCCAAGGACGGCGCCCGCACCCGCACCCUCGCGUCUCGUUGGCGUCACCUCUGGCACUCCGCCCCUCUCAACCUCGACUGCCGCGGCCUUGCCAGCCGUGGGGAUGAGCUCGCCCGUGCGAUAUCACGCAUCCUCUCCUCACACCCAGGCCCCGGCCGCCGCUUCUGCGUCGACGCGGCUUACUUCAAGGGCCGCGAUCUGACAGCUGCUGUUGACGCCUGGCUCCAAUCCGCCACCCUCGACGGCCUCCGGGAGCUUCAUCUAUGGUACACCCGCUUCUUGCCACCGGUGCAGCUGCCAGCGUCCACCUUCCGCUUCUCGCCCACCCUAUGCGCUCUCACCCUCGGGAAAUGCCACAUUACCGACGGCAUCACGCAGGGGCUUCGCCUCCCCCUGCUCAAUCACCUGACCCUUGAACAGAUCGAGAUUUCGGAAUGCUCGCUUGAGAGCAUGAUUGCUGGGUGUCCGGACAUAGAGUGCUUGCUGAUUCGUCACAGCUUUGGCUUCCGUUGCGCCCGAAUCAACUCCCUCACACUUAGAAGCAUUGGCUUGUGUGUGACUUCAGGAAAUGAGAUCGAGCUCGAAGAAAUCAUCAUCGAGAACGCCCCUUCUCUUGAGAAGCUGCUUUCUUAUAAUACGCUGGCAAACCAACAUAUAUCAGUAUUAUCCGCGCCUAAAUUGGAAACCUUAGGCUGGAUUCCUGAUCGAGAUGACCACACACUCAUCUUUGGCUCCACGGUGUUUCAGGGAUUACAUGUUGACCACUUGACAACGGUGUUGAGCACCGUGAAGACCUUAGCAUUCAAGAUGCAUGCUCUCAGUUUGGACGUAGCUAUUGACAUGUUGAGAUGCUUUCCCUGCUUGGAGAACAUGUACAUCCAGCCAAGUCCAAAACGGGGGAAUAAGGCUUGGGGCCUUAAACACCUGAACCUUGACAGAUGCCUUGACAUCCGUCUCAAGACAAUAAUGCUGUCCCAAAAUCACGGCAUCGUAUCUUUAGUUGACUUCGUCAUAUUCUUUGUGUUGAACGCGAAAGUGCUAGAUUCAAUAACAUUUCUGGUCGCAGGCAGUAGUGAGGCGUUUAUUGCCGAACAUGGGGGAAAGUUUCAGCUGGAGAAAAGGGCUUCAAGAGGUGCUCAGUUAUAUGUUAGAACCGAUGACUGUUUUAAUAAUGUUUGGGAUAUCAAGCAUCUCCAGGAUCAAACUGAUCCAUUCAUUCGCAUGUGCUAGAACUGGGUUUGGUCCUUUGAAGAGCUAUUGUUGCUUA